AUGUCGGGCGGCGUUUUUUGCGUCUGGGCAAACCUGCCAGAGGAAGUGACAGAGUGGUACGAGAACGAUUUCUUGCCGACACAAGACCACAUUGAUGCUCUACACACGAUACAAUGCGAAAUCGCUUCGAGCGGUAUGGAAAAUGAGCCAGUCGGAAAAUUAGAUGCGCCAUGGCCCUGGCUUACAGUCUACGAAGUUAAGGAUGUCGCCCAGACCAACAAAGAAGUCGACGUCGGAACUAAGAACAUACCGGAAGUGGUAAAGAAUGGCCCACUCAAGCAUGUGCACUUUGACGCAAGGUCAUACCACGAACUCAAAAGGUGGCAGGAUAAUGAUUGGGAAGGCAGCGGGAGUGCGGGUAAGAAAACCAAUCUGAACGAAGCACAUCCCAGGCUAAUGCCGCCAGACAUCGAACAUGUCGCGAGCAUAGCAGCCAUGGAAUGGACGAUGGAUGACGACAAAGAAGAGGAAGUUUUGAAGUAUUACUGUGAGAACGUUGGACCUGUCAUUUACAGCUCACCUGACGUGCUGCGUUUCCGUCUCUUCAAGCUCGACCGAGCAUCCGUUGUGGAUAAGAACCAGAAGACCACUGUCUUGGACAAUAAGAAUCUUCACAAAUACUUUACUCUCGUCGAGCUUGCAUCAGAAGAAUGGCCUUGGGACGUUGUUGUCGAGCUUGCCGAGAAAAAAGGUUGGAAAGACUACUUUGAAACACAGACAGUAGCGAAAUGGCAGCUUAGUCAUUACACGGUGAGGUCUUCACACUGGAAGGGCAAGGAAGAAUCCUCCGCUUCUUGA